CGCGGAGGCGGCCGCACGGUGCCGGCCAUUUCCGGUGUUGCGCGGUUGCUUUGGUUGGGGCUUUGGUGGUGACGCAGGGGUUGGUCCAUCACCAUGGCGGCGGAGGGCAAGCCCAAGGCUCGCAUCCGGAGGCCGGUGCUGCUCAGCCGGAUCGAGGGCUCCCAGGACGUGGUGAACAUGGCCGCCAUCAUCCCCAAAGAGGACGGAGUGAUCAGCGUCAGCGAGGACAGAACAAUUCGCGUAUGGAUUAAGAGGGAUAGCGGUCAGUACUGGCCAAGCGUUUACCACUCAAUGCCAUCUGCAUGUUCAAGCAUGUCCUUCAAUCCAGAAACAAGGCGGCUUUCUGUAGGGCUGGACAAUGGUACAGUCUCAGAGUUUAUUUUGUCAGAGGACUACAACAAAAUGACUUCUGCAAAGAGCUACCUCGCUCAUCAAAACCGAGUGACAAUGGUCCUAUUUAUUUUGGAAAUGGAAUGGGUGCUGAGCACAGGACAGGACAAAAGCUUCACGUGGCAUUGUUCAGAGAGUGGUCGAAGGUUAGGCACCCACAGAACUUCUGCUUGUGCCUCAUGUCUGCAAUUUGAUAUUGAAACACGACAUGCUUUUGUUGGAGAUUAUUCUGGGCAGGUGACUAUUUUGAAGCUUGAACAAGACAAUUGUUCUAUUGUUACAACAUUCAAAGGACACAGUGGCAGCAUCACUGCACUUUGUUGGGAUCCAGUUCAACGGACAUUAUUCUCGGGUAGCUCCGAUCAUUCCAUUAUAAUGUGGGAUAUAGGAGGAAGAAAGGGAACUGCCAUUGAACUACAAGGCCACAAUGAUAAAGUUCAAUCCCUUUGUUAUGCACAUCAUACUCGGCAGCUGAUCUCUUGUGGUGCAGAUGGUGGGAUUGUUGUGUGGAACAUGGAUGUAAAGAGGCAAGAGACUCCUGAUUGGUUAGAUAGUGAUUCCUGCCAGAAAUGUGACCAGCCUUUCUUCUGGAACUUCAAACAAAUGUGGGACAGUAAGAAAAUUGGCUUGAGACAGCACCAUUGCAGAAAAUGUGGGAAAGCUCUGUGUGGGAAGUGCAGCUCAAAGCGAUCCUCCAUUCCAUUGAUGGGAUUUGAGUUUGAAGUAAGGGUCUGUGACGGCUGCUUUGAAUCAAUAACAGAUGAAGACCGAGCACCAACAGCUACUUUCCAUGACAGUAAGCACCAUGUGGUUCACAUGCAUUAUGAUGUAACCAGAGGCUGGCUUUUGACAUCCGGAAAUGACCGGGUUAUCAAGGUAAGGGUACCUGAUGACUGUUCCUUCUCAUCUCCAGUAUCUCUGAGAUAUGUGCAAUUUAUUUUCCCAAUGGAAUGCCACCAACAGUUUAACAACCAACAGUUGCCUGCUAUGAAAAUAUUUUUCUCAGUGAAACUAUACUUGCAUCUGACUUCGGUUAGAUCUCCUUCCAACUGAACCAAAAGCUUUCCAAAUAAAUCUUUAAAAUUGCUCAUACUACAUUCUGCUAAAGUUGAUGGCAUAAUGUUUUAUCUGUUCUGUUCUAACCCUACAGCAUAAACAGACUUCCAUUAGCACUCCAGGAGGCUUGCAGCCACCUGCUGUCUAACGCCAGUUUUAAACCAUGGAAAAUGGCUAAAGUGAGCGAUUUCCUGAUAAAUAUCACAGCUAAAUCCAAUAAUAGUAUUUGUGUUUGAUAACAUGAUCAUCAUCUAUUCGUCCCAAGUUUUUAGAUUACUUACACCAGUGUUGAAUUCCUUUUUUAAAAAUCAUAUCAUGAGGCUACAGUUAUUGGAGCUGCAGUCAUCUAGAAAUGUAAUGCUCCGGGGCAUUAUUGUUAUCUGGUUGGUCUUGGUAUGCAAGCAACAUUACAAAUCUUACAAAGGUGUUAACCAGAAUUCUGAU